AUGAAAAGUCAAGGCAUAGUGUCAAUAAUUUUCGUUUUGCAGUUGAUAUUGACUGCUAAUUCCGUAAGAGUUUUCAAUAUCAUUGGUUUUGGAGCAACGCCGAGUCAAGACAUUAGCAAGGUGUUGAAGGAAGUGUGGAUGAAAGCAACUGGGUCAACAACGCCAAGUCAAAUUUUGAUCCCACGAGGGGAUUGGAGUUUGAGCCAGGCGGUGUUGUCGGGGCCGAACAAGGCCCCGAUUAACCUGGAGGUCCAGGGCCACCUCAAAGCGUACUCCGACCCGGCCAAGAUCCCUGAUAAGAAGAAAGGAUGGAUCUUCAUCACCGGCGUGGACCACCUGACGAUCUCGGGGGGCGGCAUCCUCGACGGACAGGGAAGCGAAGCGUGGAAACACAAUGACUGCAAGACAAACGCAACCUGUGAGAAGCCCCCCAUCAACAUGUACUUGAAAGCCAUCGCCAAUUCCAUCAUCCAAGAUGUCACCAAUUGA